GGUGAAAUGAUAAGAUAUUAACUGUGAAAUGAUAUAGCGGGAAAAUAAUCAUGCUAAAUGUUAUCUGUGUCAGUACUGGAACGCGUCGUCUGCUGGCAUGACGGAGUGUCUCCCGCCUCAGAAAUAUGCUUAAAUUAGGCUCUAAAAAGGAUCACGGCAUAGAAUAUAAGUGCACGAUACGUCUAUUAGAUGACAACGAGGUUCUGGAGUGUGAAUUCCAGAGUUAUCAUAAGGGAAAGAUUCUUCUAGACUUUGUCUUCAACAAACUUAACCUUGUAGAAACAGACUAUUUUGCCCUGCGUUAUGUUGACCAAAACAAGCAGCGACACUGGUUAGACCCAAACAAGAAUAUUCUGAGACAGAUUAAGAACCUUUCGCCAAUCCUCUUUUGUUUCCGAGUCAAGUUCUACCCAGCAGACCCCCUCCGGCUACAGGAGGAGAUAACACGCUACCAGCUCUUCCUGCAGCUGAGGCGUGACCUUCUGCAUGGCCGGCUGUACUGCUCCCAGUCAGAUGCUGCUAUUCUUGCUGCAUAUACAGUUCAAGCUGAGAUUGGUGACUAUGAUCCAUCCAAGCAUUAUGGGAACUACAUCAGUGACUUCAAGAUCCUGCUCAAGCAGACACCAAAAAUUGAAGAGAAAAUUAUGGAGCUUCAUCCAACACUCAAGAACCACACACCUCUUAUGGCAGAAACUGCAUUCCUCAAGAAAGCAUCAGUUUUGGAUACCUAUGGCGUAGACCCUCAUCCUGUCAAGGAGAUUGACACAGACCACCGCGGGAGCCAGCUAUACCUAGGCCUCAACCACACGGGAGUCUUGACGUUUCAGGGUUCCCGCAAAACUCACCACUUUCGAUGGGCUGAAGUCCAAAAGCUCAACUAUGAGGGAAAGAUGUUCAUUGUCCAUCUUAUAUUUGCUGAGGAUGCGAGAACAAAGAAAAAGCACACGGUAGGCUUCAAGUGUCCUACUGCCUCAGCCUGCAGACAUUUGUGGAGGUGUGCCGUUGAGCAGAGACUGUUUUACACACUAGAAAACUCCAACAAGCAAGGUGUUGUGGUGACGGGGGGUUCAUUUUUCUCUCGUGGCUCUCGGUUCCGCUAUGCUGGGAAGUGUGAAAAAGAAGUUGUGGAAGAAAGCUCAAGUAUCUUACGAGAUCCUCCAACAGUAAACAGGGUGUCCCUCAAGAACAUUGGAAGGUCCACCUCUCUCCCCACCACACCAGCUGACUCUGAUACUUAUGAUGCUGUAAUCAGUCGAGUCCACCGGCCUCUGCCAUACAUAGACCGAAGCAGUAGUUUGGAUGAGGAUGUGUUGUGUGGGGCUGACAUGGGGUCUCAGGACUCAACAGAAGGACUCAACCACAUUAAUGGGGGCUGUGGAGGGCCAGGAGCUGCAUAUUGCCCUGAAUCUACACUGCCGCCAUUGUCCCUCUUGGAACCGUUACUUGAGGCUCAGGAGAACAAGUCUCGGUCAUCCUCCAUCCUGGACUCCAGUUUUAUGGACGCUGAGAGUAGUCUUGAGCCAUGCUUGGAGCCCAAAGGGAAGCAGGAAGAGGAGGAACCCAAGCAUAAAGAGGGGGAGGUUACAGAGAACAGUAAGGAGCUGACAGGAAAUGGGGAUGACACAGUUCUCCAACAACAGCUUUAUUAUGACUAUAGUGGGCGGGGCCACACUAGUGAGUUUGGUGACACGUCUUCAACCGAGACCCUGGGACCUCCCAACAACCACAGUGACUCCCGGCUCGCCCUCAAGGACAAAGAGGAUACCUGCCCCUCCAGUCCCAGAAGAAGCAGUUUGGUUCCAGUCGAGAAGGAGAGACUGAAGGUAUCCCUCCCAUCAGAUCUUGCUCAUAGGGAGGUUCAGAAACUUUUUAAAGAGAGGAUAAAUAAGCUUAGUUUUAAGACGUUUCUAAGAGUUUUUCUUGUAGCAUUUAUUUUUGUGGUUUUCAUUCUCACUUGCUCAGUUAUAAUUGUGUUUGAGAGUGAGUCCAGUCUACUACAGGGAGUUCGUUCCUCUAGGGAAAUGAUGCUCCUGAGAAUACAGUAUUAUCAACCAAUUGUUAAGUGUAUAAAAACUUGGUUGGGUGUAGAAACCUAGACUAACUUCAUUUAUUAGCUUAAUAUGUUAAGUAGGUUCUAAAUUUUCUAGAUGCCCUAUUAUGUGAUGGUAAUGCACAUGUAGUGCUGCACUGGUUGUUGCAAAUUUUCUACAGUGGUUUGAAGGGAUUUUGGAUGUGUCUCAGGUAAGUUUGGAUUUUGGAGAAGAAUAUUUGGGAAUGGGACCAGUCACAGUUAUUGUUUAGGAAAGCAGUGUGGGAAAUGGUGAUGACAAGGAAUUUACAAAGACAAUUACUUUUAUGUAGAAUAAUAAUUCACAUACGUAUGCAAAUGGGUGCAUGGAUGUGUAUGUAGUGAAAUGGAAUGUAACAAAAGACAUAAGGUCGAGCUUUUACAAUGGGAAAGCCCAGAAGAUGAUAUAAGUACUUUUUAUUAAGUAGUAGUAGUGAUAGCAAUUAUAGGAAGCAUAACAAAGUGGCCAAAGUAUGUAAGAUUUGAGUGACUGACCAAGACAAAACAUAGUGUGUUACGACACAUUUGACUACAGGAGCAUCCAUGGGUUUUUUUUAACUUGGGUGGGUGGGGAGAUGGACAUACAAAGGAAAGGUCAAUUGAGCACUCAUUGUGUCAUAUUGUAAUACAUGACACUAAGACAUCAUUGUAAAAUAUCUCAAGGAAUACCCUUUCAUCUGUAACUACUUUUAUAUUCCUAUGCAGAUGCCCCUGUGGGAGCACAUGCUUUGUUAAUGGUGGGGUCUGGGGAUUCUCCCACUUCAUACUGUAUAGGUUAAGCCUCAUGAUCUGGAACUCAAUAUUUAGGUGCACUUAGAAAUGGGAUUUUUUACUGGAUUAGGUGCAAAUAUGUAAAUGGUUGGCCAAUUUACUCUUAAGUGUGGAGGGUAUGCAAGUCUUCCUUUGCCUAACAUCAACUGUUUGUCUCUUUAUGCUGCUUUUAAUGCUUAUUUACACUGAAAAUUGGUGAUAUAGGUGAGGUGUAUCUGAAUUAUGUUUUACACAUUACUAAUGCUUUGAACCAACAUUUAAUGGGCAAGAAAAUUGCUUAGUGGACAAAAGUAAAUGGGGAGAACUUAGAUAAUGAAGCAAGAUUUGUGAUGUGAAAUAUUCCUGUUUUUUUCAAUUAAUUAUUGUUUAUUUAUUCAUUUAUUUAUUUAUUUAUUUAUUUUUAAUUAAAUGGUUGCCUUAUGUUUUUUUUCUCAGGUUUUGAAGGGUUUUAAUUUCAUUAGAUUUAAUUAGUUAUAAUUUCUUAAAUAUUCUUUCCAUUUCUUUUAUGAAAUAUUAAUUAACUGUCAUUAUUUUGUUACUAGAAAAUAGUGGAAUGUCUUAUUUUAGCACUUGUGGGAAGAGUUCAUAUAUUACUUUAGGCAUCACUGAUUGAACCAUAAAGACAUGAUCUGAGUUUGCCAGAAAAUGGAGCCUGUAGGAGUAGUCAUUAACCUGUGUAGUGGUGAAACACCUGGUUUUCUGAACAGUGCAAACAGGGAAUGUAGGGAAAUUAUUGUUAUUAUUAUUAUUAUUAUUAUUAUUAUUAUUAUUAUUAUUAUUAUUAUUAUUACUACUAUUAUUAUUAUUAUUAUUAUUAUUAUUACCAUUAUUGUAUUUGUUCUGGUCUCCCUAUGAUGAGACAAGGUGCAGAGGGAUAUGGGAGAUAAAUUGCUCCCUGAAUUUUGUUGAUCGCCUCAGUGAAUGUGCACGAGUGUAAUGCAUUGUAAGGGUACAAGAGAGUACAUUUAACUGACAGAAGUUGAAAGCAUAACUCUUCUGGUGAUCUUUGACCCCCAAGCGACAGGUGACACAGUGGUGCACGUCUGAAGGCUCCAAUGGGUGACGCAAGUAUGUGUCAGAUGAUUUUCUUGCCUAAAAUGAAAUAGAAGCAGGAGAGAAAUGUUUUGAACAUUACAUGGCAACACUUACAAAGCUGCUCCCCAAUUCUUUUAUGCGCAGCUUUACGUCUGGUAGUCCAUACAAAACAAGGAUCAAGGAGGGAGGUGAUAUACCCUCUUCUUGAUGCAUGGCUAAGCAUAAACACAAGCCAGUUUUGUCCACUUCCAGCAAGUGCUGUUAGACAGGGAAUUGCAUAUAUGGAACUUUUGGGCAUAGAGGAAGAAGAUUCCUUUUGAGAUGUGGGGAGAGCAAUGAGGGACAGAAAGGAAAAGACAAGACAGGAGCUGUGGACAUGUGAGCUGUAGCCAGUGCUGUAUCCAGCAUAAUGAACACACAGCAGCCACCACCCUUAUGGAGUGGAUGAUAAUAAAUUGUUAUUCAAUCUUUACUGUUGCCUGAACUAAAAUAACAAUGAUUCAGACAAAAACACUAUUAGAAAGGAGAAGGAUAAGCAAUUCUGGAUCUGUAUUUAAGAAAAUAUAACUCAAAGAAUAAUAGUGAUUUUUCUCUUAAAACCCCCCCCCAUUUUGAGAAGAGGUUUCUGCACCAAAUGCCCGUCGCUUAGGGGUUAAGGAGGAUAUUUGUAAAUAUCCAUAUGUGAAAGAGCUGGAAAGAAGGGUUGUCAAAAAUGUAAUAGGAAGAUUGUUCGAUGUAAAAGCAUUUGGAGGGGGAGGUGGAACGGCAGGUUAGAGAGAAAAGUUUUGAAGGCGUGAGUUAAGCAAAAGAAGGUAGAUUGAAAGAUACUUAGGAUGCAGCAAAACAGAGAUAGAAUAAUGUCAUUUAUUUUAGAAGUGCUAUGGUGGGACAUAAGAAGAGGCUUGAAGUAUGGAAAGAGUGCUGUAUUGGGAUGAGGAAAGGAUGUGAUUUGUGAACACAUAUGAAAGGCUACAACUGAAGAGGCGUGCAUAUGCAUUGCAGCUAUAGAGGAAGAAGGUAGUAGGUGCAAAAAGAUAACUGGAUUGGAUGUGAAAGGUAUAAGGCUGUGGGGGAAGACAAAUGGAAUGGAUGGAUUACGUGAAGUGUUACAGUCACGACAAAAGAAAUUAAACACACUACAAACCCCAAUAGAGCUACAGUUUUAUUUUGGCAUAUCAACAUAUAGGUUAUUAUAGUAAAUGGAAAUUAUUCUUCCUCACAGGUGUCAAAUGUUAAAAGCAAUUGUUAGUAAGUAGCACCUGGAGGUAGUGAAAAGAUGUAAUGUUACCCAGUGCUCCCCUCCAAUUUUGAUAUCACUUGCUCUUUGCUAAAUUGCUGGCAUUUGCAAAGUGGGUUCCUAUCUAGCUGAACUCUAUGGGAAAAACAAACAUGGUUAAGCUUUAGGUGAAGGAUUGAAUAACUGCAAAAUGAGAUUAAGAGAAUUAGAGACAGCUGUUCAAUAUAUGCAUAUAUUAUUUCUAUGCACUGAAUAAAGGUGGCAACAUCUUAAGAAUCCAAGCUUCCUGCCAUGCACUUAAUUGGAGGCUGAGGAAAAAGGUGUUAUGUGAUGCCUGGUGUGGAAAAUAUGAUGUAAAUAUAGAACAUCAACACAGCAUGGAAUAAACUACUAAAAUACCAGCAGUUUACCAAGAAGCAAGUGAUAUCAAGAGUGGGGUUAGAAAGUACUGUACAACUUUCCAGGUUUCUACGAGCCCUUGGUGGCAGUUACUACCAAUCACAUUUUAAUUCUGACACUUACAAGGAAGAAUUUCCAUUCGUGCUCCUUUUACCAUAUCAAUCUUAAGGUUGAUAAGCCAAAUUAAAUUAUAAUAUUAGUGUUGGGUUUUGUCAACCGUGAUGAUUUCUUUUCCAAUUAGUGCAGAUGCAAGAAUGGCAAGAAAAAUGUCUGAAGCAUGGAAGAGGGAUAAAGCAAUUGUGAAGGCUUGAAUGGGACACAGCUUUGAAGUCCCCUUGGUAUCACUCACAUUGGAAUAGAUAUAUGAAAAGGAGAUAUGUCAGUGACAUUGGUGGGGUAAUCCAGUUCUGCUAAUGGGUCCUAGGUAGAUGUGUAAGUGUGCUCCAUAAGGAUUUGUUCUCCCUCUCCCCUAGAGUCCUAGGGUGCAAGAUGCAUUUUAAUUUACAAUGCAUGACAAACAGAUUUAGCACCAUAGUGAUAUUGCUAAAACAUUAUGGCAAAUUUUGUUAAUUGAAUUCUCAAGGGUAAUAUAUUAAAUAGAGUUUUAGCACCUGCAUAAUGACACAGCUAGCUUAUAGCUAGCCAGCACUCUAGUUGCUUGCAGGCAUCUACCAAGGCUGGUUCUGUGUUAUGCAUGCUGCAUGUAAGGCUGCUUGAAUUCAUGUGUUUAUAACUGGGUUUUGUGACUUUGCUGCUUUCAUAUGGCCUCUAUCAGUGUCAAAACCAUACAAGUAAGGUGGGUCAGAUAAUUGGUGUAAAGGCAGCAUGCCACAACAACAAGGAAGUGUAUUGGUUGGUCUAACAAAGUUGACAUGGUGACCAUGAUGUGCAUAUCAUAGUAAACAGUAAAUAAAAUAGUAGCUCUCAUAAGGGCCUUAGUAUUUGCUUUCUUAUCUUGUUUCCCUGUCAAACACAGGACAGAUGCAAUGAACACUUCACCACAUUCACAAUCCUCACAGAAGUCUUUCUGGGAUGGCCAGAGGCUUUUCUAGGCAUGGGCAGGAAACCACUACCUGUUUUUCUUCCUAAGAUGUUCUUACCACUGCUGUAUUGUUGACUUUACAAGACCAAAUCAACUCUAUUUUUUUUACCAGUCUCCUACAGAGAUAUGGGUUAACUUGUUUGUGUGGCUUUGACUGGUAGAGCUCAUAUUAAAACAGUACAGCCAUAAAUCCCAGCCCUAAUCAUAAAUUAAAGCAGGCUUGCGCACAGCAGGAAUAACAAAGCCUUGGUGGAUGCUCAUAAGCAACUAAUGCCAGCUCUAGGCAAGAGCAUCGAGGCCGUCAUGAUGUCAUGCAGGCAGCAAAAUUUUGUCUCUUGUCAUCCUCAAAAAACAAAAUUUGCCGUAAGGUCUAUGGUUGCAGUCAUAGAGAUUGAAGAUUGCAUUAUCACACUGUAUCAGCCUGCUCAUCAAUACUGUCCAAAACUGUGCAUUGUGCUACACUUCAAAAAUACUUACCAUAUAUAUAUAUAUAUAUAUAUAUAUAUAUAUAUAUAUAUAUAUAUAUAUAUAUACAUAUAAGGAUUUGUGACGAAUACCAAGUUAUGCUCAGUUUUGAGUUUCAAAUAAUAAAUGCUGCUACAGGCAGCCAUUUUGUUAAUGUAUAUAUUACUAAUAGGGAUAUGAACCACAUGCACAGUUUCAGAGAAGACUGGUAAGUAGAUAAUGCAACCUUCUGUCCCCAUGACCAUAACUACAGGUGCUUUCACCAGGGUGGUGAAUCUUUUCAGCAAGCUCUAUAGUCUGGAAGCAUUAAUGUGUGUGAUAGACAAGUGAUGUGUAUGUGGGCACCUUGUCUCUAUUAAUCCCCUUCAUAAGUAUGUCUGCUAAAUAUAUACAACUUAUUAUUAUUACCGUUAUCAAGUUUGCAUGACUUCAUUCAGAAUUAAGUAAACUAUUGUAUGUAUUCUUGAUUUAGAUACAGUACAGGCAUACCAGGUUUGUGAAGAUUUGCUAGUUCCAUGUACUAGUGCUGUCUUUGUACAAUAAGCCUCCUUACUUUCAUUACAUGGGUAUCAAGUAUUCUAAUGCAAAUGGCACAAAAAAAAAUAAAUAUAUAUAUAUAUAUACAUAUAUAUUAAUAAUAAGGAAGAUAACUCCUGGACUAGCUUUUAAGUGACCAACAUGUGCCAUACACUGUUGUGUUUUGGAAUGAGAGUCCUGUAGUCAUUCAUUAUUUCCAGACUGGUAUAAGCACUCAUGUGCUCUGUGCUUAACCUCUCAUAACUUGUAUUGUGGUGAAAGAUAUUUCAUACAUGGCUAUGCAUGGGUCAAAACAUUCCAUGCAUGAAAGCAGAAGCAGUAUUGAUUUGGUCAAAUAUUCUAAGGCAUUUUUUAUUCUAAGUGAAAUUAAGCAUACAAGUUGUGUGAAAACAGUAGAGGGUCAAAAAAGAAACCCCCUAAUGUACAGCUACUGUACAGCUACUGUACUGUACUUAAUUGUCAGCAAAUCCAUUUCAUCAGUAUUUUAGUAAGAGUUGUAGUCUUACUGACACUGACAAGAAACACACUUGUGAUGCAGAGAUCCAUGCCAUCACUAUAGCCUUUUGGGUAUUGAAUUUUUUAAAUUUAAUCAAACACUUUGCUAACAUGUGAAAAAAUUAGACAAACCAUAUCAAUUAGAGAACAAAAUUGAUUGGCCUAUAAAGCCUUUCAUGGCAGUCUGUAAAAGCCACUCUCCUCUAUUUCUUUAACCUCUUGCAACUUUUAUAAAUACAUCUUACUGCAAAUUUAUUGGUCCUAACAUUACUGAAAUCAUGAUAACAAUAUUAAUUUUGCUUUGGGCCCAGUCUCAAUUUGGAUCUGCUAUCAUACCAAAAAGUGACAAAUUAGCAAGCCUUGUGUAGUCAGGCCUACUUAAAUUUUCUUCACAAAUUGUUACUCCAUAUAUUGCAAGCUGCAAGUGCCCCUCAUUGGAUUGUGUCCUAAGCAUUACAAAAAACAAAAAGAUUAUUACUAAAACAUACAGACAAACCCUGGGAUUGUCUUAAAUAAGAAGUCAUUUAUCAAUUUGAGGCACUGCAACAUUGAGGUUGUAUGAUGCCAUGUUUAAAAUAAGCUGCUUGUUCUUCUUUUGUUAGUUUAUUUGACAACUGACAACAAUAGGAUAGAUUACAACCCUUGUUAGUUAUAAUACAUUUACAUACAAUGUAAGUGUAAGAUCUUGCGUUUUGAAAGUCUAAAGAGUAGCUGUGCAAGGGAGCAGCUAGGAAAUUAACUCCUGUCUGGACACUCAAAUUAAUGGCUUUUCUCUUUUCUCAAAAAUUGUCAUAUUUAGUAAGACACCAAUUGACUUGUCAUGGCUUGAAUGCAAAUGCUGAUGAUCUGUGCUUAAUGUAUUAUGAUGGGUGUAAGAUUAUCUUCUGAGGUUUGUUAGUAUUCUCAUUUAUUUAUUUACUCAUAUUAAUAUUUAUUAUUGUUAUUAUUUUUUAUUAGUUUAUUUAUUUUGGGGGAGGGGGAGGGAGGGAAUUGCACAGGUAGAAGUGGUUUUAUCAACUUGGUAAUGAGAGGUAAGCUACAACUCGGAUAAACAAGGCACCCUUAUGAAUAUCAUAUACUUGACUGGUUAUUGUGCAUUUAAUUUUGUAAAUUAACAUAAUCACAUAUCAAUGCAAUGCUCAGUUUUGACAAACACGCAUAAUGUACACAAAAAAAAUGAUGUUGCAUCUGACACAUUAAAUUAAACACUGAUUGUCUGUGCCUGCAUUCACCCACUGCUGUCAAUAGGUGAGAUAAUGUGAAAACAAAAAUGAUUUUGCUAUGGAUAGCUAAAGAGGAGAGUCUAAGAAAUGGAAAGAAAUUACCUAUCAAUAGACUUCAGUAACUUCUACUGUGUGUAUUAUAGAUUGUCUUUCUUUAGAAAAUGAAUUUGUAUUUUAUUUUUCUCUGGAAUUUACAGCUAUUUCAAAGAAUUUACACUUUUAUAUAUCACAUUUACUGGCACAUUAGAUAGUAAAAAAAUAAAAUAAAGUAAAUAAAUUGAUUAACUUAAAAAAACUGCAUCUAGUGUAGCCAUAUUACUGAAUGAGAGGUUGGGCACAAAAUGCUGAUGGCAUAUGGCCAAGGGAUCUGGGAUGGGCUGCAAUGAACUGCAGUCCACUGAGCACAGUAACUGUAUUCACAGUAAUGUGCAAUAUUGAAAAGAAUAAGGUGGUAUUACUAAAUGAGAGGCUGAGUACCAAAUGUAAAACUGCCAGUAAUGACUGCACUGGAAGUCUCCACUCUGUUGUGGUGAUUGUCAAGCCAGUAAACUGAUGGUAUGCUUAUAGGGAAAUUUAACUCAAAAAAAAAAAAAAAAAAAAAAAAAAAAAAAAAAAAAAAAAACUUGCAAUAUAUUACAGUGUGCAAACCAGAGGAAAUUAUUUUAUUUUAUUUUACUAUAUUUUAUUUUAUUAUUAUUAUUAUUAUUAUUAUUAUUAUUAUUAUUAUUAUUAUUAUUAUCAUUGUUAUUAUUAUUAUUAUUAUUAUUAUUUAUUUAUCUAUUUAUUUAUUUAUUUUUUUAUGUAUUAGGGAGAGCAGCAAAAUAUAAGAAAAUUAAUAAGCUUGCUCAUCAUGUUAUUUCUUGAAAAGAACUAGGAGUGAGUAUCUGAGAGGAAGACUAGAUUAUUUUUUGAGGUGUCUUGAUAAAUGAGUGAAGUCACUAAGUAACUCUUGCAUUAGUAAGAUGGACAGAAUAGAGAUAAGGUUAAGUAGAAAGUGUUGUGUAGUGUGGCUGCAGGAGGGGGAAGGCAUGAAAUUAGCAAGUUUGGAAGAGCAGUAACCAUGGAAAAACAAUAAAUAUAGAGAUGCAGCAAUGCCACUGUGAGUGAAAGAAUCAAGACAGUCUGUUUGAGGGGAAGUAUUAAGGAAACAAAAAGCUUUUGACUCUGCCCUGUUUGAAUUUUGCAAACAGGGCAGUUGAAUUUCUCAUACAUAGGAGCAGUACUUCAUACAUGUAUGUGUAAGUCCCUCUGGUAAGAGUCUUCAAACAGAGGAUUAAAGUCUGUUGAUGUAUUUGAUAGGUACUGGCUGGUUGAGGUCCAGUAGUCCUGACUGACAGUGGUGUGGCAUCUUGGUUGUUGAUCAGGUCAUGGCUGUGUGGCGGCAGGAAGUGAGGAGUGAUGAGCAAGCUGUGAUAUUGAUCUUUUGCCAGGCCCAUGUAUUUUUUUUUCGCUGCUCCACAAGUGAUGUCAUGUUACAUACAAGAUAGUGUUAUAAACAAAAGCUGGGUUUACACAAUUUGAUGGAAUACUGUAUGCUGAAUAGUUAGAGGUUAGGAAAAGAUCAAGAAUGUUAGGCACAUUUCCAAGGAAGUCAGAAAUGUGGGUAGGAUGCUGUAUUAAUUACUCUAAAUCAUUUAUAACAGCAAAGUUGAAAGCUUGUUCACCAGGUUUGCCACUGAAAGAAAAUGAUAGCCAAAGCUGAUAGUGAACUUUGAUAUCUCCAUGUAUGGAGAUUUAAGUAAGGGGAAAGAGAGAAUGUGCUCCAUUUUGAAAGUCAAAUAGUCAAGGAAUUUCACACAGAAGGAAGAGUCGGGUGAGAGAUACUCAGCACAGAUUAAUUUAGUAUGAGAAUUACAACAAAGUGAAAAUUCUGAAAUCUUAACAGUGUGGGAACAUGGGCAAGCUAUAUCAUCAUGCACAUAGACAUAGCAGCCAUCUCUGUAUUGAUACUGAGGACAGAGAAAGUAAGAGGGAACAAAAAAAAGUCUCCUGUCUAUGGCCUCAGACAACUGGGUUUUACUGAGAGAAAGAUGUAGUGAUAUUCCACAGAGUGGAAGCUAGAUCCAAGACCAUAAAUAUUACAGAAGUUCAUAAAGAAAGCUAGAGGAGGGAUCAAGGUAACUUAGGGUCAGUGACUGGACAGCCUGGACUGGGGACAUCUAUGGUCCUCUCCCCUGAUGGGGAAUCCAAGGCUGUUUUACCUAUACUUGCCAUAAAUAUAAUUUUGGUAUUGAAUGUGGAGAUGUUUGUAAUGUGUGUUAAUAGUAAGAAAGGUUGUUUUUAGAGUGCAGGCAGCAACUGCACUGCAUUAUUGAGACUCAAAAGGAAACAGCCAGAGAAGACAUGAGAAGGGUCAGAGGCAGAGUUGCAGCAUCCCUCACAAUGCCCCCAUAUGUACCUUCCUGGGAGUGAUCUAGCUGUAGUGGCGCUCUCUCUCUCUCUCUCUCUCUCUCUCUCUCUCUCUCUCUCUCUCUCUCUCUCUCUCUCUCUCUCUCUCUCUCUCUCUCUCUCUCUCUCUCUCUCUCUCUCCUGAGGGGGAUCAGUCAAGGACCCCUUCCUGCCCCCCCUCCACUCCCCCCCCAAAAAAUAAAAUAAAUAAAUAAAACAAAAUAAAAAAAAAAAACAGGAUAAGCCUGUUUGAAGGCCAUUCCCAGAAAGAAAAUAGGAGUAGAAGUAAUUUACUAAUGAUACCAAUUGUAUAGUUUUUUUUUACAAUGUAAUGGCAGUAAACAUUAAAUCCCUUCUGUAACCAUUUGAUCAAGAAUUUAUAAAAUUUAGAAACAAUUCCAACUCAUAGGAAAUUUGUGAAAGAAAAGUACUAUUCAUCUUAUGGAAGGCAGAAACUUUCCACCUUCUUGCCAAGACAAAUAAAUAUAGGCACAUGGAAGUGUGUCUUAUCUACUGACAAAUGUGGUGCAUGCAGUAAAGUGCCACUCAAGGAAGUAGACUAACACCAGCCAUAAAAUGAGCAUUAAGCUUUUAAAAUUGAACAAUGUAAAAGAAAAGCUUCAUAUGCUCUUAUGAGAAGAAUAAUAUUCUUUGAAGGGGGGGGGAGUUCCCAGCCCUCUAGCCUUAACAUUUUCAGUCAUGUUAAGAUCAGUAAUAAGUAUGGAAAUAUAUUUACCUAUAAAACUGCAUGCAAUUAGUGGUGAGUGGGUCACACUCUUGAUCUACUCCUUCCUCCAACCUUUCAACUAAUAACUCCCUCCUCUUUGGCUCAUUUCAAACGAAUAUUUUUUUUCUCUAGAAUUGCCAUGUCAAAGGGUGUCAAGAUGUCCAGGAGGCACAGCUUCACAUGAGCAUUACUUCCCCUACAGUUCAAUAGUGUAGAGAAUUUACAGGAAAAUGACAGCUAUAAAUGAACCACCAUUAUUGCACGGGUAAAAAAUUUUCUGUUUGAAGUACUCCAUACACUUCUACAGUAUUCAAGAAUGUGGGCACCAUACAAAUUGCCUUAUUUCACUUCAUUAACUUCUAAACUGUAAGCAUUUGUCAUACAGGGAAAAAAUUGCUCAUGUAAUGUGAGCCUUAGUUCCUAUUACAGGAGCUACAAUGAGGGCCAAUAGGCACAUCCAGAAUUCUUGUAUUCUUUAAUGCUAAUGUCUGAAGGGCAAGAAAUAUAUGUGCUGAUGGCAGAUCAGCUCAUUAACUAAGUUUUGGUUUAGUGUUUUGUGAGUAAUCCAACCAGUUUGCAGAUCCAGGUUCAUUGGUAAUCUUUCAUGUUCAAUUUCUUUGUUCCCUAGUUAGGGACCAUCCACUUAAAGCUUUCUGGCCAUCUUAUUAUGGUAAAUACCAAGGGAGUAGUGAAGUGUAUUGAACAGUGACAGGCAAAAGCUUGAUGAAAAGGUGACACAGCAAGAGAACUUUGUCAGCUUUGUAGAAAUGUUUGGCUCAACAAGAAAGCAGACAGCAGAGUUCUCUCCAGAGAAAAGUUCAGUCUUUUGCAGCUUUGUUUAAGAGGUUUUUGCUGAUGAAAUUCCAUGAGCAGGCAGUAUUCAAAAAUGCAUUUUUAUCACAGAUCCAAUGUCUGCUCUACAGUCACAGAAAGCACAAAAUACCCAGCAAGCCAGACAUAACUAUUAUGAAUUUUUUGACUCCCUACAUCAGUGGCAGCACUUUAAAACUUUAAAGAUAGUUAUUUAUGUAUACUUUAAAGAUAAUUACUUAUAUAAACUUUAAAGAAUUUGAACAUGUUAUAGUUUCUGAUAAUUUGAUUUUUGAGAAGCAAAUACAUGUAAUAGGGGCUUAUUUUUUUUAAAUGCGUUUGUGUGAUGCCCUUACAUUUGAGAGAACAGUUAAGGAAAGAGCCAUUAGCACUGUGGAUUCUUGCUAAACCCUAAAUCUCCAUACAAUGAAAAUUACAAAACCUUUCAGUCCCAAAUAUGCAAAUAAUUAAUAGAAAAAAAGUCAGGAGUGUAAACAAGCUCUAGCCAAAGAUCCCUUGCAGGUGCAUGUAUUGUAGCUGCAGAUAAGCUUGUGUUUUAGUAGGUGUGAAGGGUGGGUGAAGGAAAGCUUUGCUUCUUAGAUGAGAAAAAUAAACUUGCUGUUAAUGCCAGUAGGUUUUAGAUUUGUCUAUGAAGUGUACUUGUGUCCAGUGCUUCAUUGCAGGACUUUGCUUGUUGGUGAAUUUCUGGCCAUUACAAAAUGGUAAUUUUUCUCAAGUAAAUCUAUAUUCAGAGUUGCAUUUUCUAUGAAAAGUUACAGCUUAAUUUAUGCUGAGCAGCUGCAUCUUGUUAAAUCAGACUUGACAUGAUCAUUGGUCCUCUAGGUUGGUGCAUACCCAAUUGACUUAUGAUUGUUAUUCACAUUUUCUUUUCUCUAAUUGGAUAAAUAUUCACUGACCUCUCACAAAUCCACAAUCAUUAAAUUACAGUGACUCAUCAUUAAAGACUGGCAAUUUGUUGCAUAAUUAUACAUAUAUAAAUGAUAUCCAUAGCACUAAAUUGGGCAAGGACAACACAAGAGGCCACAUAUCACUGCUGUCAUGCAUGAACCAUUUGACUCCAUGUUCACUCUGCACACACAUGUGUGUGUGAACACACACACACACACACACACACACACACACACACACACACACACACACACACACACACAGUGCAUUGUUAGGCUGGAGAGAGAGAGAGAGAGAGAGAGAGAGAGAGAGAGAGAGAGAGAGAGAGAGAGAGAGAGAGAGAGAGAGAGAGAGAGAGAGAGAGAGAGAGAGAGAGAGAGAGAGAGAGAGAGAGAGAGAGAGAGAGAGAGAGAGAGAGAGAGAGUGCCAUUGGGGUCUUUAUCAUGAAAAAUAUAAGUUUGGAGAUUCCAAGCAGCAGGCAUAAUAACAAUGACCUGCAAAUAAAUAAGAUAAAAUCAGUUACUGAGCUUACUGGCCACUGAUUUUGUUUUGACUCUGUACUUCACUUCUCCAGUGACUGAACUCUUCACAUCACCUCAGCACUUUGUCACCUUAACACUCAAAUAAUUUUACAUUUUUGAAUGUACAUAUCAUCAGAUGCUGUCUCCACCAAGUCCAUUUCUCCAUGACUCCUUCAGCAUUAACAUUGCCUCACUUUCAUGAUCACAUACAAAUAAAAACUUAUUUACUUCCUCAGAUUUGGGUAUCUACUUACACUAUAAAAAGAAAUUAUCCCAAAUUUGACCAAAGCCACUCUCCAUACAAGACUGAGGUCUCAAUAUCUGUCAGUUGACAGAUUAAGAAUACAUAUUAAAACAUUUGCUCUUUAGGUUAUUUAGCAUCAAGUAAUUUUAGUGAUGUUUACAUUAACAUUUGUGAGGGACCAGUGUGUAUGUAGAUCUGUGUAUCAUUCCAGUAAGUUUACAGUUAGAAUUGAUAACAGACAAUUCUGCAGCUAAUCUAGCUUGGUCUGGCUUAAAGGUGCAGCUAUAAUUAUCACAGGUGCAGAGAUACUUGGCCCUACCUCCUGACUAACUACAAGUUUAAAGUAGAAGUUAUAGUCUGCUAUAUUUGAAUAUAGUAUUUAUAUAUAGUGUAUAUAUUGUAUAGUUACUUAUAUAGGAUUAUGCAGAAUACAAAUUAAAAUAGCAAUACAUCCAUAUGCAUGGUCAUUUUUUUUUUUAUUUAUAAGAAUUGAACAAAGUCAUGUACAAGUAAAAAUAACAAAAAAAAAAAAAAGUUAUUUCUAAGCAACAGUAUUGUAACCAGAAGUAUAUGUAUAUCAGGAUAGAGAAAACAAAAAAAAGUGUAAAUAGAUCCAAAAACAGAAAGUGGUGGUCAGGUGGGUGAAGCUGAGACUGAAGGGUAAUUUAAACACAAAGGAAGAGGGUGGAGACAGUUUUGCCCAAAAUAUUGGUAUUGCACCCCAUCGUAAAUACAAGUACAUAAAGAUGCAGAACGAGUGGCAGAAUUGGUGCAAGAUGUACAGAGACCGUGAUAGCACUGAUUAAUGGGAAUAAGUUGCUGAUGAGUAGAAUGAGUUGUGUACAUAUGAGGCAGGUGGGAUGGAUCAAGGACAGGGAAGUGUGAAUUUUUUUUUUUUUCUAAUGUGUUCAGUAUGGAUAAUUCAGCUUUUUCUGGCCACCAAAUAAGAUCCAAUACAGAAAAAUUGGAUGCUGGAGGUUUCCUCUACAGUUUAAACCCACAACCAAACACGCACAGUUAAUGUCCUCUUUGUAGAAAUUCUUAAACCUCAACCCUAAUAAUACCUUAAAAUAAUCACAAUCACAUCAACCUUUGAACACUUGAGUCAGUUGAAUACAGAUAUGGCUGUCCCCUUGUUGUCUAGCUGGCCUGAUCCUCCUGAGUUUUUUUUUUUUGUAGGGGAUGGAAAUUUUACUUACUUAAAAUAUUUAGGUUUUAAGACUCACUGAAAUAUUUAGUUUAAGAGAAAAAAAAAAAAAAAAAAAAAUGGCCCAGCCUGUCUCUGCACCAAGUUAUUCAAUUGCAAGUGUUCACUGUCCUUUUGAAAAAUGCAAGUUUUGAAUGGGGGUCCAAUGUAUUCAAAUUUUUAUAGCCAAGAUGUUGGUAUUUAAUACUAAUACUAUACUGAGGGAAAAAUGUUUUGUAGAAAUGCAACGAUUACAUAUUCUAUCUUUGAUUUAUCUAAGUAUACAGACCAUUCAUAAAUUCUAUGUGCUGUACAUGUGUCAACUUCCUCACUCUUAAUUUUAUGUUAAGUAAGAAUAUGUAGAUUUAUGGAGGAGGAAAAAUCAUGUUACUGUGUCAGCAGGACCUGCCUUGUGCAAGCCAACUGGCCUUUUGCAGAAUUCUAUGUUCUUACACGCUGUGCAUUCUGGGUUCAGGGGCUGCCAUUCUACUGUUAUUAUUUUCAGCUCAUGAUGGCAGAAAGGUACCCAAAGGAAUUAAUUCUUUAUCUUGAUGUAAGCCAUACGUGGGGUAAUUUGACAUUUUAUUGUGGAAAAAAUAUUACCUCUGUCUUUGCUUGCUGUUGGACAGGUUCAGGCAAUGCAUUAAAGUGUUAUUGGAAAGCACAAGAAAACACAGAAGGCUGUUAUUAUGGGCCUUGGAGAGUGAGAGAUCUUCACAAAUUGUUAACCUCUAAUUAUCCUUUAAAGUAUCUGAAUGGAUUAAUUACUUUUAUUCUUAAUAUAACUAACUUUACUUUUCCAGGAUUCCAUCUUUUGUGUGGUUUUUAGAGUUCACCUCCUGUAACAUUUACUUUGGAUAUUGCUGUCCCCAAUACAUUCUCCUAAGGCACAGACCAAUGGUGAUCCUAUUGAUGGAAAUUUUGUUGGUGUUUCAGAGUGAAUUUAAACAUUAUCUGGUACUGUUAAAAUUGGAAGAAAUGUGCUAAUGCUAUAGCCUCAACCUCAGCAAAGAGAUUCUCAUAUCAUGCUAUAAUUCCUCUGUCAAGAGUAUUCUAUUAAGAAGAUGUAGUGUUUAUUUUUUACCAUAUGUAGAAGUAGUAGACCAACACUUGAUACACUAGGGGUGAUUCAGUCUAAUGUAUUGAUUAAACAAAUAACAUUAA